AUGAAAUCAAAAUUAAAUAAUCAAACCAAUGUUAUGGCGGUAUUUUCCAAAGAAACCGAUAUAACUACUGAAGCGAGUUUUUGUAUGGCGUUUAAUAUUGCUCGAGCAAAGCGCCCAUACACAGAUGGGGUAUAUUUAACAAAAAACAUUAUAGAUGUUAUUUCCAUUUUAAAACCGGAAGAUAAAAAAUUACUAAAUAUGGUUGAAAAUAUUUCGAAUAGUAGACAUACUAUGGAAAGACGUAUUUCAAUGAUAAGUUCAGAUAUUUUCUCUAAUUUACAAAAUGAAAUUGCUAAUUGUUCUGAUGAAUCUACUGACAUUCAGAAUAAACCACAGUUAGCUAUUUUUAUACGUUAUGUGACGAUGAAUAUGGAAGUGAAAGAAAAAUUAUUAGAUCUUAUAGCUCUUAAAGAAACUACUAGAGGUUGUAAUAUUAAGGAUGCUCUUGACGUAGUACUUCGUAAAGCAGAAGUACCUAUUGCAAAAAUUGUUAGCGUCUCAACUGAUGGUGCACCCAGUAUGACAGGUUGUAAAAAUGGAUUGAUAGGUAUUUUAAAAAGUGAUACUGAUUUUCCAGACUUUAUUCCAAUUUACUGCAUUAUUCAUAGAGAACACCUAACGGCUAAAUAUUUUAAAUAUGAACAUGUGAUGAGUUUUGUUCUUAAAAUUGUAAAUUACAUACGUUCAGGUUCAAAGAUACAUCGCCAAUUUAAAAACUUUGUUGAAAGUUUAGAGGAUGAUAUUCCAAAUGAUGUUCCGUAG